AUGUCCUUUUCUGUUCAGAGCAAAGCAUGCUGUACGCGACCACCGAUUGUACUAAGAGGUGGUUACGAGUAUCAAGAAAAGGGGAAAUUCGAAGAUUUCAAUGGCAUGAAGACGUAUGUAACCGGUAGCGCAACCGCGACUCGCGGUAUCUUCCUCUGUUACGAUGUCUUUGGCCUGUUUGUUCAAGCAAUCAAGGGAGCCGACAUCCUGGCAUCGGAUUAUGAGCAAAUGCCCGAUAGCGCCGGUGACUUCAAGGUCUUUAUGCCCGAUUUCUGGGGUGACCAUCCACAAGAUCUAGCAAACUUUCCUCCCAAGACCCCUGUACAAAGAAAGGCAAUCAUGAAAUUCUUCGAGGAACAAGGUGAUCCUUCUAAGACCGUUCCUUUGAUCGAGCCUCUGCUUCAAGCUUUCCAAGAAAAGAACCCCCAGAUCACAAGUUGGGCAACCUUGGGCUUUUGUUGGGGUGUGAAAAUCACCUCAUUAGUGACGACAAAGGGAACGAAAUUUAAGGCUGCCGCGGGAGCUCAUCCCAGUUUAAUGGAUGUGGAGGAUGCCAAACAGAUUGUUGUUCCGACCUGUAUUCUGCCCAGUCAGGAUGAGGAUCCCGACCUUGUUGACGCGUGGUUCGCAAACUUGAAAAAAGCUUCGCCAGAUAGCUAUCUCGAGACCUUCCCUGACCAGGUGCACGGGUGGAUGACAUCUAGGGCCGACUUUAACGACCUCCAUGCGUUCGAAGAGUACCUACGUGGAUACAGAAUUAUCAGGACAUUCUUUGCGGCCCAUUUGUAA